AAUCUCCGAUCUGCUACUGUGCAGAUGGACUUGCAGGCACUGCUGUGAGAAGUGCUAUGAGUCCAGCUGUUGCCAGUCGAGUGAGGAUGAAGUUGAAAUUCUGGGACCUUUCCCUGCCCAGACUCCUCCCUGGCUGAUGGCUGGCCGGAGCAGUGACAAGGACGGGGACUCUGUCCACACAGCCAGUGAAGUCCCUCUGACCCCACGGACCAACUCCCCAGAUCGAAGAUGCUCAUCCUCAGACACGUCAAAGUCUACGUACAGCCUGACCCGAAGGAUUUCAAGUCUUGAAUCCAGACGACCCAGCUCCCCGCUCAUUGAUAUUAAACCCAUCGAGUUUGGCGUUCUCAGCGCCAAAAAGGAGCCCAUCCAGCCCUCGGUGCUCAGACGGACUUAUACCCCAGACGACUAUUUCAGAAAGUUCGAGCCCCAGCUGUACUCCUUAGACUCCAACAGCGACGAUGUGGACUUCCUGACCGAUGAGGAGAUCUUGUCCAAGUACCAACUGGGCAUGCUGCACUUCAGCACCCAGUACGACCUGCUGCACAACCACCUGACGGUGAGGGUGAUCGAGGCCAGGGACCUGCCACCCCCCAUCUCCCAUGAUGGCUCACGCCAGGACAUGGCGCACUCAAACCCCUACGUCAAGAUCUGUCUCCUGCCGGACCAGAAGAACUCGAAGCAGACGGGGGUCAAACGCAAGACCCAGAAACCUGUGUUUGAGGAGCGUUACACCUUUGAGAUCCCCUUCCUAGAAGCGCAGAGGAGGACCCUGCUGCUGACCGUGGUGGAUUUUGAUAAGUUCUCCCGCCACUGUGUCAUUGGGAAGGUGUCCGUCCCUUUGUGCGAGGUUGACCUGGUGAAAGGCGGGCACUGGUGGAAGGCGCUGGUCCCCAGUUCUCAGAAUGAAGUAGAGCUGGGGGAGCUGCUUCUGUCACUGAAUUAUCUCCCAAGUGCUGGGAGACUGAAUGUUGAUGUCAUUCGAGCCAAGCAACUUCUUCAGACAGAUGUGAGCCAAGGUUCAGACCCCUUUGUGAAAAUCCAGCUGGUACAUGGACUCAAGCUUGUGAAAACAAAGAAGACAUCCUUCUUAAGAGGCACAAUUGAUCCUUUCUACAAUGAAUCCUUCAGCUUCAAAGUUCCCCAAGAAGAACUUGAAAAUGCCAGCUUAGUGUUUACAGUGUUUGGCCACAACAUGAAGAGCAGCAACGACUUCAUCGGAAGGAUUGUCAUUGGCCAGUACUCUUCAGGCCCCUCCGAAUCCAACCACUGGCGGCGAAUGCUCAACACUCACCGCACGGCCGUAGAGCAGUGGCACAGCCUGAGGUCUCGGGCCGAGUGUGACCGUGUGUCUCCUGCCUCGCUGGAGGUGACCUGAGAGCUGUGGGAAAAGCAGCUUUCAUUUGUUUAAAAAAAAAAAAAGGAAGAAAAUUUAAGGCAGAAGGAAAACAUGUCACAUGCCUAUUACAUCCACACAACACACACACACACACACACUCUCUCAAAUACACACACACACACUAAAUCCUCUCAGAACUGAGAGGAAGCUGACUAUUGAACACAAGAUGGUUGCCCUCAAUGAGCAAAGCCUGAGAACUUUCUAGAAACCCCAUCUGUAUGUCACGAGCUGAGUGGGCUCUGCUGUGAGACUUUUUGGCAGUGCUUGCUCCUGUUGAUACCCUUACCCCUAAAUGCACUUUCAACCCUCAGGCCAGAGAAGGGGCCUCCCCAAGGGUGCCAGCCUCCAUCGAGAUGAAAUUCUCCAAGAGCUUGGCCAGUGUGUGGGAGGCCCGACCCCCACACCCAAAAGGCACACCUGCUGAUUGGGUGGCUUUCUGAAUGGGCUGCUGUUCCCUGGGGGGUUCUUCAGACCUGAUACAUUCCCCCCAAAAAUGUAAGUACCUUGUCUUCUCUUUAGUGGACGUGAUAGAUUAGACUAUUUGGAGAAGCCAGAUGGCCUCAAAAAAUAUUCCAGUGUAAGAAACUUCCCUGGCUUAACUGAAUUUGUCCUUGUGUUAGCUUAUUCCUAAGGACCCCCUGUGGGGAAUGUUUUCGUGUGUGCCCUCACAGGUGAACACGUGUGUGUCCCUGUGUGUCCUCCUGGCGAGCAAGGUGGUCGGCAGGACCUCAGUCCUGAGCACUCCCUUCUCUCUGCCCCUCCCAGUGAAAUUUCACCCCGUGUCCUCCUGUCUGUCACGGCCCCACCUUCAGUAACAGCAUGUGCGUAUGUCAAGUAAAUAGAAUAUGAUAGAGCAAAAGUAACCUUUUUUGACGAUUCAUGGUGAUUGUGGCACACGGAAGACUUGCAAAGGACGGUUACCUGGAUUAAAAUGGCCACCGUGCUCCCGUCCAAGAGGACUCCUUCCUUGUCAUACUCUGAGCAUCUUUCUGUGUUUGUGUGUGAACCAAAGUCAUUUUUCUCAUGCUAAGGAAUUAGUGUAGUUAGGAUAGAUCUCUCCCUGUUGGAUGCUUCUGUAUCUUUCCCACAGCCUCUUGUCUGGCAUAAUGGGGAGCUAUUUAUUGAAAUUAAAGAUUAUUUAUUUGUGC